CUCCUUAAACUAUCGCUAAAUAUGAGAACAAAGGCCAACAUUAUCCUAAUUCCGUUUGCAGAUGAGGCACAUUGACAAAGCGGGUGCUCUUAUAACCAAGUGACACCUCUUUGUCCUUUUAAGUAGAUACAAAACCACAAUCUCUAAAAAAAAAUAUGCACGCCUUCGACAUUCUGACAACGCAUUCUACUCAAUAUCACUAUGGCGCCUGCUGCCGCCCCAGCACCUCCGGCAGCGCCACCAGCUGUAUUGACUGCAGAACCUGCGCCGACCAACGCCGCCGCGGUGGGCCAUUACAACAACAUUGUAGCUGCCGAUAGACCAGCCUUCUUGUGGUACGUGGCUUGGUUCAGACGCAACGUUACGAACCCCAACUAUUGGAUAGGUGUGUGCCGCGUGAUCGCAUCACUUCGACUAACAAUGCUGACGAGGAGAUGAUUUGAAGGCGGUCGCUGGAAGAACCUUGUCACUAAGUGGAACAAUGUAGACGCCGAUGGAGCGCACCAAGCUACGUAUAGGAACUGGGCAGCAUCACCACCUCCACCCCUACCGCUGAACUCGCCAAGGGCAAGGGAUUUCCCAAGAAUUAUUGACAACAAUUUGGAUAUGGACGAUGUAAUGCAAAGAGCAGAAGAGUUGGCAGUUGAGGGACAGUCACGAGCGGAGUUCCACAGUCUGAGGCUGGGCGGAGACCGUCAGUGGAAAUGGUUGAAGCAGAUAUUCUAUUCAGAAGAUAGAAGAUCAGUCGACUUAUGGGCUCAUACAGACGAGCAAGGGAACACACUGCAGGUACGUU